GGCGCACUGAAUCAGUCAUUUCGACAGAAACAGUGAGGGGGGAGAGAGAUGGAAGAAGAAGAGACGGGACAUGGAUGGGCAGCCAGGGAUUCCAGCGGAGUCCUCUCCCCCUUCGCCUUCCCCUUAAGAGCCAUGAAAGGCGACGACAUCACCUUGAAGGUACUCUACUGUGGAAUUUGCCUUACCGAUCUUUGCACGAUCAAGAAUUACUGGAGAAACGCAAAGUACCCGGUCGUCCCAGGGCACGAGAUUGUAGGCGUUGUAACCCAAGUCGGGCGGGUCGUUCACAAGUUCAAGAUCGGCGACAAGGUCGGCGUCGGGUACAUGGCCGGUGCUUGUCGCUCUUGUGACAACUGCAGAAUGGACGAUGAGAACUACUGCCCCAAACUGGUUCCCGUCUUCAACAGCUUCUACCCUGAUGGCACUAAAACCUACGGGGGAUUCGCCGACAUGGUGGUCGUCAACGAGCAUUUCGCCGUCAGGGUCCCGGAGACGUUGCCCCUGGACAAGGUCGGCCCCCUGUUGUGUGCAGGCACCACCGUGUACACCCCGAUGAAGCAGCAUGGACUGGACCAACCGGGGAAGCAUCUGGGCGUUGUGGGCCUCGGAGGGCUCGGCCACUUGGCCGUGAAGUUUGGCAAGGCUUUCGGGUUGAGAGUGACCGUGAUCAGCUCAACUCCUGACAAGGAGAAGGAUGCGGUGGAGCUGCUUGGAGCCGACUCGUUUAUAGUCAUCAGUAAUGCCGAGCAGAUGAAGGCUGCCGCGGGCACUAUGGAUCAUAUCGUCAGCACAAGUGCCGGUGCUCUUUCGUUCAGUCCUUUGGUCGCUUUGCUGAAGACGCACGGGAAGAUAAUUAUGGUUGGGACAUCGACCAAGCCAAUGGAGAUACCAUCAUUCGAUUUGGUUUCAGGAGGCAAGAGCAUCGUGGGAAGCAUGAUCGGCGGGAUGAAGGUCGCUCAGGAGAUGAUGGAGUUCGCCAACGAGCACAGGGUUACGCCGGAGGUUGAGGUGGUCAGAAUGGAAGAUGUGAAUCUUGCGAUGGAGCGGCUGGAGAAGGGCGAUGUGAGAUACCGGUUUGUGGUUGAUGUGGCAAACGCCUUCCAUGAUUCUCGAUGAGUUUGAGCUGCGGAAGAACAUUUCAGCCUGUGUUCUCUCGUUUUACUUUGACUUGUCAGCUGAAAGAUCAGAUUAGCUCAAGGCAAUUACUCUGCUUAGCUAUGAUCACGGCUCCAACCUUGGAGUUCCAAUCUUUGUAUCUCAAGAUCCCAAGGGACAAUGGCAUACAACAAUGACGCUAGCAGUAAGAACAACCAGGAUAAAUCGUUUACUUUCA